AUCAGUUUAAGUUUUCCAUUUGCAACGAACGCAACGCCAAGUAGCUCGCUCCCCAAAACCCACAAAAUCGUCUGAAACAAAAACAAAAUCAACUGAGAGUCCGCGCCAAACGAAACCGAAACACAAAUACAAAACGCGCGCGCGCUCAAAAGUCAGUGCUUAAUAAUAAGAUAUAUGUGGAGCACAGCGAUAAAUAUUAGUAUACAGAAUAAAAUUGAAAUUUGUAAUUGUACGCGAGUGCUGUUUUAAAACCAAGCAAAAGUGCCAAUACAGUGCAAUCAAUACGAAUGAGAAAUGUGACUAACAAACCAAAGGAAAUCCAAUUGUGCCAAACUUCAAAAAAGACAAAAUAACUCAAAAAGCGCCCAACGGCAAGCAGUGAGCAGUUAGCCAAUAGCCAAUAGCCGUUGCCAAUUGCCAGUUGCCAAUUGCCAGUGGCCAGCCGAUCCACUAAUCCGCCCGAGAAGAUCCCUCAUCCGAGCCGAGAACCGAUCGCCAGCAUGAGCAUCAUCGACAGCGGCAAGUACCGCUUGCGGAAGGACUGGGCCAGCGCCUCCAUUCCCUCGCUGGUGAACAUCGACGAGCACGACGGCGACUCCGUGGACACAGAGGGCGGCCUCAACGCCACCGCCCCCCUCCCCCCGCAGAAGCCGCCGCGGCGCAGCUCCCUCGCCCUGGGCCUCUUCUCCAGCAAGACGGACAAGAGCCAGAAGCGCCGCAGCUCCAUCGCCGUCUCCUUCCUGCGGCGCGACAGCAGCAAGAACUCUACCAAAGACUCGUACGAAUCGGCCGUGCGCAGCGAGAAGUCCGAUGGCUCCGGCACGCCCAACAGUCCGGAGAUCGUCUACAGCUCGGAGGAGAACAUCCGGGCCAGCUCGCCGAACGAGCCGGGCAAGCAGACCUUCUUCGAGGACGGCAGCCAGUCGCCGCGUCCGGUGUUGCAGGGGCUGAACACCUCGUACGAGGGUCCUGCCACCGAUCGCCAGCGGCGCAGGCGCAGCUCGCUGCAGACGAAGCUGGACCGGCACCGCCGCAAGAAGAUGGAGUACAUCAACCAGCGCAGCCUCGACUCCGGCAUGCUGUGCAGCGAGUCGCAGAGCGAUCUGACCAACGACAGCUUGGCGGAGGCCUCCAGCGGAUACGCCAACGGGAGUGGGAAUGGAAAUGGAAACGGGACUGGAAACGACGACGAGGACGACAGCGUGGAUCCCAGCCACGGGGAGUACUUCCCGCGCGAGAAGCGCCACUCCUGGUGGAACAUAUUCGUGCCCGACAACUUCAAGAACAGGUCACGUAGGGCUAGUCAAGAUGUUUCCAGUUUGUCACGCAGCGUUGACAAUUUGGCGAUCCCCGUGCGCAGGAGCAAAUCGCGCAGCGUGGAUCACGGCCUGGCGGCUCCGUUCGACUUGGACUCGCUCCGCUCCAAAGUGGAGCAGCGCUUCGAGAGCGUCGACAAACUAUCAAGGCAAAAGUCUUCAUUGCCCACCAUACCCACCAUUUCCUACACCGUGGGCAAUCGCGACACCCUGACCUCCGUGGCGGCCCGGUUCGACACCACACCCUCGGAGCUGACCCACCUGAACCGGCUGAACAGCUCCUUCAUCUACCCCGGCCAGCAGCUGCUGGUGCCGGACAAGAGCGCCAAGGACGACGCCUCCAGCAGCUCCACCCACGACCCGGACGGAGGCAGCCUGUCCGGCAAGUCGAGUCCGGUCGAGCGCAAGCUCUCCGGCGACGAGAGCCGCGAGAAAGACAUACUCGAGGGCCUGCGCCCCGGAUCCCCGAAGCCCGGACACAUCGAGCGCGUGGGCGGUAGCAGCCAGCAGCAGGCGGAGGAGGAGGCCAACAAGAGCGACGACCCGGUGAUCACCCAGCGCUUCCUCAAGAUCAAUGUGCGCCACAUCACAGACGGACAGGGCGUGGUGGGCGGCGUCCUUCUGGUUACCCCCAACGCGGUCAUGUUCGACCCCAACGUCAGCGACCCCCUGGUCAUCGAGCACGGCCCGGAGAGCUACGGGGUCAUCGCGCCCAUGGAGCUGGUGGUCAACGCGGCCAUCUUCCACGACAUUGCGCACAUGCGGGUGGCCGGAGGAGCAGGCCAGGGCCUCAACUCCGGGUCGGGCGACGCGGACAAGCCGGAGAUUUACUAUCCCAAACCAGUAUUAGUCGAGGAGGACUCCAAGGAGCUGUCCGAGCAGCAGCCGCUGUUGGGCGAGGACGGCAAGGACCGAUUGGAUGCUGAAAUUGGAUCGUUGGAGAUUGCCGACGACCAGGAGUCGCUUUGCUCCAGCACUGGACGCGAUGGCGACGCCUUCCCGAAAGCCUUCGACCGCGAACGAGUGGAGGACUCUUCAACGGAAGCCAAAGAUAGCGCUAAGACUGACGCUCAAGACGACGAAGACAAGAAGACGGGCCUGGGCCUCUCCAGCACUCGCUCCACCCUCGAGGAGCGGCGCAAGAGUCUGCUGGAUCACCACUGGGCCAUUCCGAGCAAAGACCGAUCCUCGGAAGACGAGGCCGACAACGAGUCCAACGUGACCGUGGACAGCGGCGCCCGGGUCCAGGAUCCGCACUCGGCCAACAGCUCGGUGAGCGGCGUGCCGCACAGCCAGCCGCUGGCAGCCGCUGCUGCCGCUCCCGCCUCAGCCGUCGGCCCCCUGCCCCCCUCCGGCAUCGACCUGGAGCACCUGGAGCAGCUGUCCAAGCAGUCCUGCUACGACUCGGGCAUCGACAUCCGCGAGUCCGUGCCCGUGCCCAGCGUACAGCCGAUACCAAAGAAAGCCGUCUACAGCGACGCGGACAUCGUCCUCAGCUCCGACUGGGUGCCGCCGAAGACCAUUGUGCCCACGCACUUCAGCGAGUCUCCGCCGCGGAGCACCAUCCUCGGCCAGAGCCUGGACGCCGGCACAGGCGGCGCGGGCGGUGUGCGCAAGAAGACCUCCAGCGUCAGCUUCAGCGUUGACGACGAGGCCGCCCAGCAGGCUCAGGCCCAGGCGGCUGCACUGGCGGCCACCGACAAGCAGGCGGAGAAGAAGAACAAGAUGCUGAAACGCCUCUCGUAUCCCUUGACCUGGGUGGAGGGCUUGACCGGCGAGGGUGGAGCAGUGCAGCCCGGAGGCGUCGGCAGCGGCAGCCUGAACAAGUCGGCGGACACCGACUCGGCGCCCAACACGGGCGACUCCAACCAGAGUGUAUUUUCGAAAGUAUUCUCAAGCUCGCCCAUCACUCUGGUUUCAGAGCUGGGCGGGAAUCUGUUUUCGAAAACACCGUCCGAGGACUCUGGUGGCUCACCUGUGCCGCCAUUGACUCCGCACUCGACACAUUCCGAGGGUCACAUGACCUAUGGACGUUCCUCAAUCGGUACCUUCAUACGCCCGCACUCCUCGGAGGGCACCUCGUCCAGCACCAAGCUGAAGGAGGCCAAGCAGGCGCCCAAGCUGGACUACCGCUCCAUGGUCUCCAUGGACGACAAGCCGGAGCUCUUUAUCAGUGUGGACAAACUCAUCCCACGACCGGCGCGAGCCUGCCUCGACCCACCAUUGUAUCUGCGCCUGCGCAUGGGCAAGCCCAUCGGCAAGGCCAUUCCGCUGCCAACCUCUGUCAUGUCCUACGGCAAAAACAAGUUGCGCGCUGAGUACUGGUUCAGUGUGCCAAAGAAUCGCGUUGAUGAGCUCUAUCGCUUCAUAAACACCUGGGUGAAACACCUGUACGGUGAGCUGGACGAAGAGCAGAUCAAGGCGCGUGGCUUCGAGCUGAUCCAGGAGGACACCGAGUGGACCAAGAGCGGCACCACCAAGGCCGGAAUCGGAGGCGGGAGCCAGGAUGGCGAGGAGAUCAGCGACCUGACCCGCGAGUCCUGGGAGCUUAUAAAGGCCCCGUUCGCCAAGACCUACAAGAUCAUUAAAACGGCAUCGCAUGCCGCAUCGCAUGACUUGGAAAUGUUGGGCGGCGAGGUGCUGUCAAUGAGCACAGAUGAGUAUCGCAAGACCUCACUCUUCGCCACCGGCUCCUUCGACCUGGACUUCCCCAUCCCAGACCUGAUUGGCAAGACGGAAAUCCUCACAGAGGAGCACCGCGAGAAGCUCUGCUCCCACCUGCCAGCCAGAGCCGAGGGAUACUCCUGGUCCCUGAUCUUCAGCACGUCGCAACAUGGUUUCGCCCUCAACUCCCUCUACCGCAAAAUGGCGCGUCUGGAGAGUCCGGUCCUGAUUGUCAUCGAGGACACAGAGCACAAUGUUUUUGGUGCCCUGACCUCGUGCUCGCUGCAUGUGUCGGAUCACUUCUACGGCACCGGCGAGUCCCUGCUCUACAAGUUUAACCCCAGCUUCAAAGUGUUCCACUGGACUGGCGAGAAUAUGUACUUCAUCAAGGGCAACAUGGAGAGCCUUUCGAUUGGCGCUGGAGAUGGUCGGUUCGGCCUGUGGCUGGACGGAGAUCUGAACCAGGGACGAUCGCAGCAGUGCAGCACAUACGGCAACGAGCCUCUGGCGCCACAAGAAGACUUUGUUAUCAAAACACUCGAAUGCUGGGCAUUUGUUUAAGUGAAUUUCUGUUGUCAACAACAAACCAAUUUAAUUAACUAUAUGUACUUGUACUAAACCAACAACCUGAGAAAGAUGUCAAAAGCUGAUGUGCGUCUAGGGAUCCUCCGAAACGGCCCGCACAGCCCUCGACCCGAAAAACACUUGCAAACACGAACACCACGAGGAGAGAGGAGGGAGGAGGAGGAUAUAGAACACUGAUCUGAUUCUGAUUCUGAUCUGGAGGAAAACGCUCGGAAUCUUCUGUUCUCGGAUGCAAAGUGCGAGCUAGCUACGCGUUGGAACGUAUUAAUUAUUUAGUUUUAUAUUACAUAUUAUUAUACGAAAGCAACUAAAUUAUGUGUUAGACUUAAACAAAAGCAGAGUAUGGGAAACCCCAAAGGCAGACAGACAAACGACACGGAAAUUGAAGCGAAAACAAUUGAAGAUACAUUAGAGGUCAUCACACACACACACAUCUCCAUGAAUUAAAGCACACGCAUACACCCACACACACACACAAGCACACAUUUAAGUUAAGUUCUUAUUAUCGGAAAAUAUAACCACCAAAUUGUGAGAAGUAUCAUAUAGCGAAAUUGCAAAUUUUGAUCAUUUAUCGUGCCUGGUUCUCUUCACUGAUUUCAGUUUGAAUUUAAUUUCGAUGGUUUGAGUCACCCUAUCCAGAGCAUUGCGAAAAGAAGAAGCAGGAAGCUGAGAAGUUGAGAAAAGUAAAAAGAAUGUCGAUAUAAUUUUUAGUGCAAAAGUUCUGAUUGCAAGUAAAACUGAAAGCGAAGAUAACUUUUAACGAUUUGACUUUUAUAUAAAUGUAAAGAAGAAGGAGCCGAGGGCGAGCGUUUUAUUUUUUAGUUUUACACGAUAUACAUAUAUUUAAUUACGAUUAUGUUAAUGCUAAUGAUGUUGACUUUUAUGCAAUUAUACUAAAACAAAAACAGAAACAACACCAGAAUGAAAUACACAAUAUUAUACAACCAAA